UUCCUUGUUUCGGCACGAGCAGCAACCUGCGUAGAACUUCAAGCGGAGUGGACGAUACUAUUUUUUUUUAAAGCGGGGACUGCAGCGCCAGCUGAAUAACGGCCUUUGAGUGUGCGCAAGGCUUAUCCGCCUCUGAAGAAUGCCCCCUAAAGGGCAGAAGAGGAAGGCAGUUACCCCUGCAGUAAAAGCGGCAGAGUGCUAUGAGGUGGAAGCCAAGGAAGUUGACCAGUCACCCAAGAAACUGAAGAAGAGCAGAGGCUCAGACCCUUAUGUGGUCAUUGAACACUGUAAAAGCUGACGAGUCUAUGGGCGUAACGCUGAUGCUGUUGGCCAGGCCCUGCGCCAGGCCUUUCCUGACCUCACCGUGGAGAUCAACCCUGAUAAGCCCCGCAGAAAUAGCUUUGAGGUGCUCCUGUUGAAAGAGGAUGGCACAAAGGUGGAGUUAUGGAGUGGUCUUAAGAAGGGGCCACCACGCAAGCUGAAGUUCCCAGAACCAAACAAGGUGGUUGAAACUCUGAAGGGCAGCUUAGAAAUAAGGUGAACUGGACAGGAUUGCUAAAGGGUAUCAGCUGAAUUGUUCAUCCCUUGUGAGUUGGAGCAUUUAUGAUGGGAUAUGACCAAGUGAGGUAAACUGCAAAACCUCAGUCAUUUCUCUGAAGUUGCUGCUCUUCCUCCAAAUAAAAUGUUUCCUGUCUUCCCACUUUGAAAUCGUUUUGCUUUAUCUGAAAUAACUUGAAACAUUUUCAAUAAAUGGUCAACUUUGUAAU